GCUGCUUCCGGUCCCUGUCAGCGCUUCACUUCCGGUAAUAAUGGCAGCUCGCUGAUCCCCGCCCGGGAAGUGUCCGGAGCCUGGCCCGGGAUUUAGCCCUUGGGGCCUCACACAGAGCACCAUGGCCGCCACCGCGGAGCUGUUCGAGGAGCCGUUCGUUGCUGAUGAAUACAUUGAGCGGCUGGCGUGGAGAACUCCAGGAGGAGGAUCCAGAGGAGGAGCAGAAGCAUUUGAUCCCAAAAGGUUAUUGGAGCAAUUUGUCAACCAUAUUGAAGAGCUGAAGAUUAUGGAUGAGAGGAUCCAGAGAAAAGUGGAGAAAUUAGAACAUCAGUGCCAGAAAGAAGCAAAAGAGUUUGCUAGAAAAGUCCAAGAACUUCAGAAAAGCAACCAGAUCGCUUUUCAGCAUUUCCAAGAGCUGGACGAGCACAUCAGCUACGUGGCAACGAAGGUGUGUCAUCUUGGUGACCAGUUGGAGGGGGUGAACACGCCGCGGCAGCGAGCUGUGGAGGCCCAAAAACUGAUGACCUAUUUUAAUGAGUUUCUGGAUGGAAAUCUGCAGUCUGAUGUGUUUAACAACUCUGAAAAGAUAAAGGAAGCUGCUGAUAUCAUUCAGAAGUUGCAUUUAAUUGCUCAAGAACUACCAUUUGAUAGGUUUGCUGAAGUGAAGUCUAAGAUUGCCAGUAAAUACCAUGAUCUAGAACACCAGUUAAUUCAGGAGUUUACAAGUGCGCAGCGACGAGGAGAGAUAUCUCGGAUGAGGGAAGUGGCCGCAGUAUUGCUUCAUUUCAAGGGAUAUUCCCAUUGUGUUGAUGUGUACAUAAACCAGUGCCAGGAGGGGGCCUACACGAAGAACGACAUAUUUGAGGACUCUGCUCUGUUGUGCCAGCGCGUCAACAAGGAAGUCGGAGACAUUUUCAGCAAUCCAGAAAUUAUUUUGGCCAAGCUUAUACAAAACAUAUUUGAAAUCAAAAUCCAGAAUUUUGUGAAAGAGCAUUUGGAAGAAUGCAGAAAAUCGGAUGCAGAACAGUAUCUGAAGAAUCUCUAUGAUCUGUACACAAGGACUACGAGCCUUUCCAGUAAACUUAUGGAAUUCAAUCUGGGGACGGACAAGCAAACUUUCUUGUCCAAGUUGAUCAAAUCAAUUUUCAUCACCUACUUGGAGAACUACAUUGAUGUAGAAAUUGGUUACUUAAAAAGUCGGAGUUCGGCGAUCUUACAGCGAUAUUACGAUUCCAAGAACCAUCAGAAGAGACCCAUCGGAUCUGGAGGAAUUCAGGACCUGAAGGAAAGGAUUAGACAGCGCACUAAUUUGUCUUUAGGCCCAAGCAUAGAGACUCAUGGUGAGACCUUCUUGGCACAAGAAGUGGUGGUGAACCUCUUACAAGAAACCAAACAUGCUUUUGAAAGAUGCCAUAAGCUUUCUGAUCCAUCCGAUCUCCCGAAGAAUGCAUUUCGAAUAUUUUCAAUACUUGUUGAUUACUUGUGCAUUGAGCACAUUGAUUAUGCCUUGGAGAUAGGAUUAGCAGCGAUCCCUUCUCCCGACUCUCGGAAUGCCAACCUAUAUUUCCUGGAUGUCGUCCACCAAGCCAACACUAUUUUCCAUUUAUUCGAUAAGCAAUUUAAUGACCAUCUCAUGCCUUUGAUAAGCUCCUCUCCAAAACUGACAGAAUGUCUGCAGAAAAAGAAAGAGAUCAUCGAACAAAUGGAGGUGAAGCUGGACACUGGUAUCGACAGGACACUAAAUUGCAUGGUGGGUCAGAUGAAGCAGAUAUUGGCAGCUGAGCAGAAAAAAACGGAUUUCAAACCAGAAGACGAGAAUAAUGUAUUAAUUCAGUACACAAGUGCUUGCGCCAAAGUUUGCAUUUACAUUAGAAAGCAAGUGGAGAAGAUCCGUAACUCUAUGGAUGGAAAGAACGUGGACACCGUGCUGUUGGAACUUGGGGUGCGUUUUCAUCGCCUCAUAUACGAGCAUCUGCAGCAGUUUUCCUACAGCUCAAUGGGCGGCAUGCUGGCUAUCUGCGACGUAGCGGAGUAUAGGAAGUGCGCCAAGGAGUUCAAAAUUCCUCUUGUGCUUCAGCUUUUUGAUACGCUGCACUCCCUCUGCAACCUGCUGGUGGUGGCCCCAGAUAACCUAAAGCAGGUGUGCUCCGGAGAGCAGCUCGCCAGCCUGGACAAGAACAUGCUCCACUCCUUUGUGCAGCUGAGAGCCGACUACAGAUCCUCCCGCCUUGCCCGACAUUUUAACUGAGCAGCUGCCUGCUGAGAAGGACUUUCUACAAGCUGAAGCUAAGCCAGGGCUAGAGAAUAGCACAGCAGACACUCCCCGAUACAUAGACGUUUCUUUAGUUCUUUCAGCACGGUCGUGCGGCCAUGUUUCAUAUUUGCUGCUCAGUGCGUUUCCUAGAAAGAUGCAGAUGUGUAUUCUUUAUGUGUUGUUCUUUAGCACAAGGCUGACCCAUUUCCUCCCCCCCCUCACCCAAGAAAGAAUGGAACUUUCUAACUCGCCAAGAUAAGGGACAGUGGUCAUCAUAAGAAAGUGAUGAAGUUGUGUUUCUUGUUAUGUGCUGUCACAUAACUAUCACUAGAUCCACCUGGGAUGACACCCACCAGUGUGUACAGUUCUUAAAGGGGUUGUCCAGGACUUAGUCAUUGCGUCACCUGAGGCUAGGUCCUCAAUAAAGGAUCAAAAAAAUCAACUAUUUUCAGAAGCUCCCGGCGCUGGGAAUGGGCAUGGGGGCCGCACAGGUCUGUCCGAGCCAGGUUACUGCAGCAAUGUUUUAUUGAAGUGCUGCAGUAACCAGGCCCAACCCUACAGAGAUGUGGAGCUUCUAACUACAGCUUUUAGAAAGAAGGGAUAGCCCAUCUGCCUUUUAGCUAAAUCCAGGGCCACGUCUGUUGCAAGUCAACAAGAAUUUACAAUGAAAAUGGCUGAUCACACCGGGGCCCCCUGCAUUGCCACAUGCUGUGUCUUGACUUUGGGGGUACCUGGAAUGUUAACAGGGGUUCUAUAAACUGAACAAAUACUUGCUAAAAAAAAAAGUUUGUUCCUGUGCAGAGAACAUGUUAGGACAUUAUUUUUUAACACAGGGGAGACCCUCUUUGGGGUUCUUUAGCAUUUAGCCACAGCAGAGAGCUGGAGGAUCAGACAUGUCCAUCUGAAUUCAGUGGGCACCAGUGACGCUUUAGGUUUCUCUCCAGUGGGGUUACACUGCUGAGGAACACUUGCUGCCCGAUUCCUCCCACAGAUUUAUAGCUGACCACUGGUGGCCUCAGCAUAGCCUGGUGAUCAGCUUAUUUUGGGGGAAACCCUUGUACCAAAUUGUCAACCCUGAGGUUUUAUCAUCUUGGACAUUGCUGGAAUAUCGCUAGGAUAUGCCACCAAUGUCAGGUACGGGUCAUAAAGGUGAGACCCGCACCAAUCACCAGAACGGGCCCCAUGCACACGUAGUGGUCUCCAUUCAAUUCUGUGGGAGUGAGCACGCUCAGCUAUUUAUAGAAGUCACAUAGAAAUGAAUGGCAAGCGUGGCCAUCUCUCCAUUCACUUCUAUGGGACCAUCGGAAAUAGCUGAGCCAGAAAUGAAUGGAGGGUGGCUGCGCAUGCACAGCUACCCUCUGUUCACUUCGGGGGUCCCAUUCUGGAGAAAGGAUCGGGUCCUUUUAAAGGGGUUUUCCAUCUUAUAAAGUGACAUAUUGCUAGAAUACACUAUCAUUUUAUGAUUGGGGGGGGUUGACCAACCUUUGAGAACCCAGCCGAUCCUGAGAAUGAAGCGGCCGCAGUGUACCACUUCACACCCUACACUCUUUACCUGUACAGAGCCGCUCCAAGCCACCUGUGAAUGGGGCAGUGUGCGGUUCCCUGCACGCUUUGGCGGCUGGGAAUGCCAUUGUACAGGGAAAACUUCAAGGGAUUGCUACACUACGUCACAGCUGCAGCUCCUUCACUCAGUGAAGGUGCAAGUCCCAGAUUUCGGACCACCGCGAUAAUAAAACAAAAGUCAUAAUUCUACCAAUCUAUCCUUGUAUAUGAUGGGAAUACCCCCGUUUGGUUGAAUUGCACUGAGCUUGUUGCUUUUUGUUAAGUUUUCUUAUUGCCUCCUGCAAUUCAUAACUCCUCUCUAUUCUCCGGAUUGAUUUUUUUCUCAGUUCAGGUUCUAGGUAUUCAGGAAGCGAAGACGCACUCAUUAGAUUAUGUCAAUUUGCUGCAUUAGGUUGUGCACAUUUGUCGGGUUUAUGCGCGCUCUAUACCCUUUGUCAUUGUACCCUAGCCAUGUCACCACAAUCCGAUAAAAGGGCCUCAUCCCCAGCCAUAGAAACUGCAAUUAUUAUUUUACAAUAUUCCCAGUACACAGCAAAUUUUUGUGUUCCCCCUUCAUUUUCAACAUCGACUGGGUUCUCAGGUUGGACCCUCAAGGUCAAUGUUUUUUUUACCUCUGCUUUUCACGCCACUCACUAAGAAUGCCGGUAAAUGGAUUUUCUGGGAGAUCAGUAUUGACAGCCUAUUUUCAGUAUAAGUCAUCAAUAUCUGAUCUGUGGGGGUUCGACUCCUGCGCUCCUGUGCGUGCUGUGGCCUCCUCACAGCUUACUUAACACAAGGCCAUACAUUGUAUAGCAGCCCAGACCCCAUCCCUUGAAUGGGACUGAGCUAUGAGGCCAUGUGGCCGACUAAUGUGAUGACACUGGCCUAGGAAGAUAGGAGCACCAUGGCCUCUUCUAACAGUAAAGUCAGACCCCCACCAGACAGAUAUUGAUGAGCUAUCCUAAGGACAGGUCAUCAAUAU